UCUUUGGAACAACCCGAAAUAGCUUGAAAGCAAGAGCUAAUGUCUGUUAAUUGAUUGAGCAAGUACAUCCAUACCCCAUAAACUCAAUUGGGAAUUGAAACAGUUCACCAUUAAUACUUCGACUUCUCAUUAUAUUUAGUACGAGGUAACAUCAAUUUUGCAGGCUGGCAGAUCGUCCACUGUGGGCUGAACCACGCUGUCAGCCCGCAGAUUAUCAGCCUUGGCAACCCAUCCAUUGACCUUCCUUAGAUAUAUUGUGCGGCCAAUUGCGGCGAAGGUAAAAUAGGUUGUUGUCAUAUCUGAACUCCAUCUCGCAACCUCUCUCUCCUUGUCGGGUGCGCUAUACCUUCGUCUGUCCUAUUCUCUAGUACGGCUCGAGAAAGAGGUCAGAUAUCGAGAUAAGGAGGAUAGCUUGAGCACAACACGAUGUCUUUUCUUAACAAGCUAGCAAGUAAGCUGGACGGCCUAGACCUCGGCUCCGAGAAGCCGAGGGAAAGAGAAGGUCCUGGAUAUCCAGGCCAGCAUAAUUACCCGCCUCCGUCUCAACAAUACGGCAGCAGCUACCAUCAGCAGCCAUAUCCACCAUACGGCGACAGACCUCCUCAAUCUGCAUCUCCAGGCAACUAUCAAGCUCCGUACCCCUCUCAAGGUCCCUAUAAUAGCCCGCCGCCACAGGGAUCUUAUAGUACUCCUCCACCUCAGAGCUAUCAAAGUAGUCCUGCUCCCCCAAGCGACGGGCCAACUUACUCGCCGCCACCGGAUAAACCGCCAAUUCCAUCCGGAUGGGUGCCUCAAUAUGAUCAGCAAUAUCAACGGUGGUAUUAUUACGAGCAAGCUACCGGCCGCUCUCAAUGGGAAGCACCCGGAUAUCACGCCGGAGGCCACUCUGGAGAUGAUCGUGGAUCCGGUGAACCCGGUUACUCAUCUCACGGCGCGCCCCCUGGUGACUAUGGAUAUUCCUCUCAUGAGUCGCAUGGAGGUGGGUACGGCUCCUAUGGUGGUCACGGAGAGCAGAGCAGCCAUAGGUAUGAAGACGAUGAUCUAGCGUACGGCAAGUACUCUGGUGAGAACCGUGGCGAAUAUGGAGAGGAGGAAAAGAAGAAGAAAAAGAAAAGUGGACAUGGUGGCCUCUUAUUAGGUGCCGCCGGUGGUCUUGCGGUUGGUGCUAUCGGUGGUGCAUUGAUCGCUAAUGCUCUCGACGAUUCUUCCGAUGAAGAGAAAAACCAUGCGCCGGUUCCCGAGUAUGCAGCCCCUCCGCCUGCUCCUGUCUAUUCCGAGCCGGUCUACGAGCCGGAGUAUAAUGCGGAGGGCGAAUACGUCGAUGCCAGCGACCGCGAGUCCGUACGCUCCGCUCGCGAGAAUUACGAAGAGGCUCUUGCCAAAGCAAGAGAUUCCGAUGCUAGUAGCAGCGACUUCGAAGAGCUCGAGGAAGCUCGAGAAGAAUAUGAAGAUGAGUAUGAGGAAGCGUACGACUAGGCGGAGCGUACGGGCAUGAAUUGCAGAUACACUUUAUGCGAAGACAUGCCAUAUGAGUCGACCGGACAUGGCGAAGACGCCCCAUACGAAUAUAAAGCUAUAAUAGCGACUCACACGGCUAGAGAAAUUCUUAUCUAGGUCAUAUUUUAAGCCUUUUUGGUUUAUCUCAUAACCCUAUCGCACACGAUUUCCGAUAUUCUUACCUGAUGCCGAAUCAUGUAAUGUGGGAUGAACCAUAAUGCUCUAUAUAAACUAGAUUUAUAACCCAAA